UUCUUGAAAUUCGACGCGUUCGACGAGACACGAUCAAGGACACCAUCGACAUUGAUUCGACAACACGCACCGGGAGGCGGGCGAUGUCAGAAGCAACGAUGGGCCCAGCAGAGGAUCACCCAGACUUACAGGCGACAAGCGUAGGUCGCUUAUCCCUCGAUGUAGAGGACGUAGGGACCUCAGCACUUGGAACUGUUACGGAGAUUCAAGAAGAGGAAGUUGCGAGCUCGUCCGAUGUCUCUAUAGACGAAUCGCCGGCUCCAGGGACUGAAAAAUUUGGUGAUCGGACACUGACAAGUCCCUCAGCGACUUUUGGUCACAGGCGCCGGAGCUCAGCCGUCAGCCGACGUUCAAGUACCUCUGGCGCUCGACGGUCCAGUGUCCUCUCGUCUGCGCACGAGUUCGACGACUUCCAGGAAGGCGAGGAUGGGUCAGACUUUGGAGACUUUGAAGAUGAAGAACAAAGUCCCUUUGUCGAAGAGAGAUCUGUUCAUUCUCAGGCCUCUAUCUUGGCGCCUCUUCCAGACACAUCGGACCAGGAGCGCUUGGCAGACUUCCUGGAGGAUACUAUACAUGUGCUGUUUCCUUCGUCAGAAUCUACGAUGGCAGUUAAGCGCUCCAACACAAUCGCUACGGAGAACGAGGACGAGUUUGAAGACGAGUCACCUUUCAUGCUGACCGACCGUGCUAUCUCACUGUGGAAGCAACUGACCGCAGCGCCACCGUUGCAACCGCCCGCAUGGAAGCACUCCCGCGUACGCCGCCUGUUCCUUGUAAGUCUUGGUAUUCCACUCGAUCUGGACGAGAUUCUACCCAAAAUGACCCACAAGAAGCUUGUCUUGCCCUCAACCAAAAAGAAGGACAAAAACAGCAGUACGAGGCGUCGCAAGAUUCCACCGCCGCCAGAAUUUGAGUUGCAUCUUGCUCGCCAACUUUGCCAGACUACGGAGGCUGCGCUAGACAACAUGGACGAUCGCGAAAAGACUAUCCAUAUUGCCACACUCAAGGCGCAUACUCUUGCAGCUUCAAAUCUUCUGACGUACUGGCUGGAACAACGGGAGCUUGCUCAAACAGACAAAGAGACGUUGGAAGCGGUAGUCGAAAACCUUGUCAAAUUUCACAAGCGGCAAAUGGACGAGCAGGUAAAAAAGCAGGCAGCAACGGUAAAGAAAACCCGUUUUUCCUUCAGGUCAGGCAGCUGAUGACCAAUGGCGAAUUUUGUGUCUAUCGAAGUCCGCCUUCCGUGGCUUCAUCACAGCUAGAGUGGUACUCAAUUGCGUACCCGAUGCGUUUCUCACCUGAAACAAUUAUACCUCUGACAUGCCGGCAUCAUAUAAAAGAAGUCAGAGACUGCCUGACCUGAUCCCUAUGAUUCCAUUCAAAAUUCCACUCGCCCUUUUCUUGGCGUAUGCAGUAGCUGUGCCCAUUCAGGAGCAAGGGGCUCUCAGCAAACGCUUGGUGGUCGGCUUC